AUGUUCAUGGAGAUGCUUUACUCGGGCCGCAAAGACCAAGCCAGCAGUUAUUUUUACACCGACCUUGCUCCCUAUAAUGAAAGCUUGCCAUCGGAAUGUCACCAGCUGUCGGAUUUCUUAAGCAACGACCUCCCCGUAACUCGGCCAGCCAAUGACAGGGAAGAUACUUUUCAAAUUCUAGAUACACUUAUCAGAAGAGAUGCUGAAGUGUCAACUAUGUUCUUUCCACCUGUUGUCCAGGGAAACAGACUGGAAACCCUCUUAGAACAGAGCUUGAGGUGGCAAUUCAAGAAUUGCAAUCAUAGCACCGCUUCUCUCCUUUGUGAUCACCACUGCAAUCCAGCUCCUAUGCUUCUUCCAGCUGCAGCUCCACUUUAUGCACUUCCUCAACAGUCUCAACAGUCUCUCCAUGAUAUUGUGGAUUCGGUCUUACAAGAUGAUGGUUUCCAAGAGGACACCAGUCAAAUUCCAGCUACCCUUCCUCAGAGUCAAGCUCUAACAACCUCGCCCCCCUUUGAUCUAAUGGAAUUUGAGUCGCAGCUGUAUAAUUUCGAUGCUUUCCCUUUGAAAACUGGAGCUAGUCCCCAACACUUGUCAACAUCAGACUACUCUUGUGAUGGUGAUUUCGGAAUAACUGAUAACUCAAAUCAGGGAGCAGAGGUUCCUCACUCAAACCCACCUGUUGGUACUGCUCGACCCUGUCUACCCAAAGAGAUUGUGAGACUGGUUGGCACAUCAGAUAGCAUUACUGAUUUAGAAUUCCACCCCAACUUACCAUUGCUACUUGCUUGCACAAAAUCAGGUGAAACUAAACUAUAUCGUCUCAACACACUGGGUAACCCUUAUCUAAAGAAAUUCAAGAUCUGGAAUCUCAAGAAAUUAUCAAAGGAGUUGCAGGUAUAUUUUGAGAUAAGAAACCUUAAAACUGCAGGAGCAAUUUGUGUGGCUUGGGGAUCUCACACAACCUACGCCGUGGGUUUCGCUGACGGUCUAGUGCAGACUUACAUAUAUGCAGAUGAUAGUCCCUGGAAGCAACACAUUGAGAUUGAGGCACAUCGUGGAGCAGUAAAUGAUGUGGUGUUCUUUAGCUCUCAAGAAGAAGGAAAGCUAAAGAUAAAGAUUGUAACUUGCGGAGAUGACGGCUUCAUCAGGGUAUGGGAUUUUUCACAAGGAAUAAUGAGUUGGGCGUUGCCUUGUGGAAAUCCUUUGAAUACUCUUGCUUUGCGCCAGGAUGGAAACACAGUGCAACUCUUUUCAUCUAAUAAUUUGGGAACUGCUUUUAGAGCAAACAUAGGUCACCAAGCUGAAGUCUGUGUCACUGGAUGUAAGCUGACUAGGUUUGAACUCAGACUUUCCAACAAUGGAAAUAGAUUAUUUUCUUGCACCGUUGGUGGUGAUGAGCCUUCCACACAGAGCGACGGUCUCUUGCUUGAGAUUGACAGAGAAUCUUUGUUUAUGAAAACAACCUACAAUGGGGUGAAGAACCCAAAGAAGAACUCUAUGGACAUCUGUAAGGAUCACUACAUAGCAGUUGGGGAUGAAUUCUGUGUCAAAGUGUGGAAUGUAGACAAUGAGAAUCUGCUGGCUAAGAUCACAAUAGCUGAUCCAAAAUUUCCGGAGUCUCCGAUGGUAAAGUUUAAUAGGGAAGGCUCUUUGUUAGCUGUGGUUAGCCUAAAACACGUGAGAAUCCUCGCAAAUGCUGACGGAAAAAUUUUGCUUGGAGAAGACGUGCUUGACUCUGUGAUGUUAAGCAGAGAGAGUUGUGAUUGGAUAUGGGUUAGCCGUGAGGAGCCUAGCAUACUUUUGAUGGAUUAA